UUGGAGUCUGUGGAGACACUGAGCCUUAGGCCUUACUGGAGGCUGCAGGAUCUUCUGCAUAAAGACCCCUCUCCAGCUUUGAAAGGGGGCUGAGGCCUAGGGUGAACAUGACAGCUAGUGGGAAAUCACCCCAGAGCUUCCCUGCCCUGAUUCCAGGAGAACCUGGUAGAUCAUUUCAGGGAUCCCUGUCAUUUGAGGAUGUGGCUGUGGAUUUCACCCGACAGGAGUGGCACAGAUUGGACCCUGCACAGAGGACCAUGCACAAGGAUGUGAUGCUAGAGACCUACAGCAACCUGGCGUCUGUGGGCCUCUGUGUGGCGAAACCAGAGAUGAUCUUCAAGUUGGAGCGAGGAGAAGAGCUGUGGAUAUUAGAGGAGGAGUCUUCAGGCCAUGGUUAUGCUGAAUCCCUUUCACUGCUGUGUGGCAGCACUUCAGUUGGGAGCAAUGCCCUCAACCUUCUUCAGCAUCAGAAGAUGCAAACUUUGAAUGAAAAUGUGGACUAUAACACAUGUGGCAAAGGUUUUCAUGAGGAAACAGCCUUUGUCAGACGUAAAAGAACACAUGCAGGAGAUAAAAACUUUGAAUGUCAUGAAUGCGGGAAAGCGUACUGCAGGAAAUCAAACCUUGUUGAACAUCUGAGAAUACACACAGGGGAGAGGCCCUAUGAAUGUGGUGCAUGUGCAAAAACCUUCAGUGCAAGAUCCUAUCUCAUUGCUCAUCAGAAAACCCAUACAGGAGAGAAGCCUUUUGAAUGUCAUGAAUGUGGGAAAUCUUUUGGCAGGAAGUCACAGCUCAUUCUGCAUCAGAGAACACACACAGGAGAGAGACCCUACGAAUGUAUGGCAUGUGGGAAAACCUUUUCCGAGAAGGCAACUCUCACAAUUCAUCAGAGAACCCACACAGGAGAGAAGCCGUAUGAGUGUGGUGAAUGUGGAAAAACGUUUCGUGUCAAGAUAUCCCUUACCCAACACCAGAGAACUCACACGGGGGAGAAACCCUAUGAAUGUGGGGACUGUGGGAAAAACUUCCGGGCCAAGAAAUCCCUAAAUCAACAUCAGAGAAUUCACACAGGGGAAAAACCCUAUGAAUGUGGAGAAUGUGGGAAAUUCUUCCGAAUGAAGAUGACUCUCAACAACCAUCAGAGAACCCACACAGGUGAAAAACCCUAUCAGUGUAAUGAAUGUGGGAAGUCUUUCAGGGUGCACUCAUCUCUCGGGAUCCAUCAGAGAAUUCACACGGGAGAGAAACCUUAUGAAUGUAAUGAAUGUGGUAAUGCCUUCUAUGUAAAAGCUCGCCUCAUUGAACACCAGAGGAUGCAUUCAGGAGAGAAACCCUACCAGUGCAGUGUAUGUGGGAAAAUCUUUAGUAUGAAGAAAUCCCUUUGUCAGCACCAGAGAACUCACACAGGAGAGAAACCUUAUGAAUGUAGCAAGUGCGGAAAUGCCUUCUAUGUGAAAGUGCGCCUCAUUGAGCAUCAGCGAAUUCACACAGGAGAGAGACCCUUUGAAUGUCAAGAAUGUGGCAAGGCUUUCUGCCGCAAAGCACACCUCACAGAACAUCAGAGGACUCAUGUGGGCUGGCCCUGGCCUUGUGCCAUGGAGAAAGCUCCCCCUAACCCCUCUGCUGCAUGGGAUCAAGGCCUUUGGAGCAUCUGAUCACCACAGCCUGAAGAGUACCCCUGUCAUGAUGUGGCACCUACAUUGAUGUGAACCAGGUCCCGGUGGCCUUGGAAUAUAGCACAUUAUUG